AUGAAGUUCCUCGCUACUCUGGCUCUCCUCGCCGCCACCGCCACUGCUGGCCCCGUCACCAAAACCUUCAGCCUGCAGACCACGGGCGCCUCCAACAGCAGUCUGAAUGGCCUGUACCUCACCCUACAGCACGUCGACCCACUUAACAGUCUGGCGGUGUUCACUGGUGGCGCUAGCGACGCAGCUUCAUUCUACCUUUCGAACGGCACGGUGCGGUACCAAGCGGAGAACGGCGCGCCGUGGGCCAUGGCACUCGUUUCCGAGGAUGAUCGGAAGGCUGCUGUUGAAGUGAGCGUGAGCCCCACGACCGGUAGCACCGGAUUCAGCUUUGCCAGUGAUGGCGACCUGGAGACCUCGAACAAAAACUGGGGUGGCUGGCUUGCUUGCACUGAUAGCGCCCUCUACUAUGUCAAUCUUGCCGAGACUGGCAGCUACACAGGGUGCGAUACCGUCGAGCUCAAGGCUUCGUCCUAG